ACAAGCGAAAAAAGAAAAAAAAGAAAAAGGAAGUAACCGAUAAAAAAGAGACAGCCGAAAAUUCGAAAUCCAACCAGCUCCAAAAAUCUCUGAAUCCAAAUCACCAAAUCCCACAUAAUGAAAAACCCACCUCCAGAAUCCCUCCCUCUCCAAUACCCAUAUCUCAUUUUCUUCGAUUUCAUUCGGAUUCCUGUCUAAUCUCUUCGAUUUCCUCUCUCCCCCUGGUUUGUUUCUUCGGAAAUCAUUGAUAUUUGAGACUGCAAAUCUUUGAUUUUUCUUCUUAUUUUGCUGUUUCUAUCUAAGAAUUUACUGCUUUCUCCAAUACCCAGAUCUUAGUUUUUUCGAUUUCGAUAUGCAAUUUCUCAUCUUAUUCCUUCAAUAUCCAAUACCCAGAUCUUAAUUUCGUUGAUUUCGGUCGGAUUAUCUCUGGAAGCCUCAUCGAUUUUAUCUGUUUUCUUGCGUUUUCUUUUGCUGCAAUUCGCAUUUAUUUUAGAUUUCUCAUCUUCUUAAUUCUCCUUUCUUUGCUUUCAUCAGCAGAAGUUUAUUCAUGUACUACCCAACAAUCAGAUCAUAGUUUCUUCCUUUUCGUCGGUUUUGCCCCCCCUCUCUCUGUCUCAAAUUCAUAAAAAUCAGAUCAGUAUCUUCAUAUCUAUUCUUCAGUUUCCUGCUUUGUCUCUGUUUCUUCCUAAAUCCUAUCUGGGUUUUUUCCAAUUUGAUGUUAAAACAAUGGCAGUUCAAAGAGAUAGGGUGAGAUUCAAUGUGGGCGGAAAGAUCUUUGAAACAACCUUGACAACUCUCGCCAACGCCGGCCGCAAUUCGCUGCUCGGAGCGAUGCUCGACGAGGACUGGAACCUACCAUCCGACAGGCCGGACGAGUACUUCAUCGAUCGGAAUCCGGCAUGCUUCUCCGUCCUCCUAGACCUCCUCCGCACGGGCGAGCUUCACGUCCCACCGAAAAUGUCCGAGAAGCUCCUCUACCGGGAAGCCUCCUUCUACGGCCUGCUCGAUCAUGUGCGCUCCGCAAAGUGGGGCCCGUUCGAUGGCAACCGUCUUCGUCUCUCCAGCUCGGUCGCCGGCCAGGCCCCAGGUGAUGGCACUGCAAUCCGCGCCGGCCCUGAUGGCGGAUGCUGCGUCGCUCACGGCAGCAUGGUCCAUGUCUAUGAUUGGAUGCUCGAAGAACAUCCCCCAAUCAACCUCGACUACCAACGGGUCAAUGAUGUGGGCUACAUCGAUUCAGAGAGCAUUGUGAUCAGCGCUUGUGAGAGGCUGGGUCGCGGCGAUGGAGGGAUGGGAGCUUUCAGUUCGAGGACUGGCGAUCUCAGGCACAAGUUUCAGGUAAGUCAUGACAAUCAAUUGAAGAGCUAUACUGCUGGAGCUUUGAGUUUUAGCACAGAUUAUAGAAUUUUUGCUAGCUGUAGAGGUAGGAGCAAUGAGUAUGGGAUUGGAGUGUGGGAUCAGAUGAUAGGAAAACCGCUUGAUUUCUUGUAUGAAUCUCCUGGCUGGUCUCUUGGUGAUGCUGAUAAGCUACAAUGGCUGCAUGGAAGCAGCUGUUUGAUGGUUGCUACCUUGUUUCCUAGAAAAGAUAACUGUUACAUUAGUCUUUUGGACUUCAGAGAUAAGAGCAUGGUUUGGUCCUGGUCUGAUAUUGGGGCGCCGAGGACCGUCGAUGAGAAACGGGUCCUUGAUGCCAUUGCAAUGGAGGAGAAUGGAUCGAUCUGCGUCGUGAACCAGCACGAUGAUCUGGGGUUCUUGGACUUGAGAAGUAAUGGUGGGAGUGUGAGGUGGAGCUCGCGGAGCCGGCUUCUGAAAGGCAACAUGCCUGAUGAGCUGUGCUACCCAAAGCUGGCAGCCCAUGGUGGGCAGCUGUUUUCAUCGAUGAACGAUAGCGUUUCGGUGUUCUGUGGGCCGGAUUGGGUGUUGACGUCGAGGCUGAGGAGGAGCUAUGGAGGGUCGAUUUGUGAUUUCUCGAUCGGGGGCGAUCGGUUGUUUGUUCUUCACAGUGAGGAGAAUGUGUUUGAUGUGUGGGAGACUCGGCCUUCGCCGAUAUAGAUUGUGGUUUUUUCUAAUUUGGUUUUUUUUUUUUCUUCCUGGGUUUUUUCUAAUGGAUUGGAAGAUUAGAAUCUCCUGCUUUAUAGAAUUAAAAAAAGGGUAGUUAGAUUAGUUGUUUGUGUAAAGAAAAAACAUAGGAAUGAUUUGAUUUGGAGGUUUGACUGCUUGAUUCUAUUACAGAUUGAUUUUGGAAUGAGGGUGUUUGUGUCAUGUGAUUGUGAGGAAUUGAGUAGUUUUUAGUUGGGAUUGUGUUUUCAUUGUGAUAACUGAUUGCUUAACUACCACAAUUUUGAAUUUUA